AUCCGUUAGCUGCUGAGAAUCGAAAGGCGAUUGGGAAACGCUGAAGAUAGAGAGAGAAAGUUGCGUUUAGAGAGCGAGAGAGAGUGAGUGAGCAGUGAAUCAAGUUUUGUUCUCUGAAACAAGAAGCUCUCUCUCCCAUGGAGUCAACAUUGUCUGCAACCACAACAACAAUGUCUCUGUUGGCCAUAACCAAAACCCUAAAUCCCAAUUCCAGCACCUUCGUGUCUCAGCUGCACCGCCGUUUCUCCACGAAUCGGUCGAGUAACUGUCUUCGGACUCAACUCGAAACUCUCCAGUUCAGACGCCUGCUACGCAACAGCAACUCGCUGUUUCAGUGUCACGGAUCGAACAAGUUCGGUUCGAUCUCUUCGAGUACAUUGAGGAGUUUGGGUGGGGUGGAUUUGAGGCCGAUGAAAAGCCGGUUGGAGUGUGUUUCGAGCUCUGCUGCUUCGUUUGCCAGUGGCGGCGGAGGGAUUGAUGGGAGUGGUAGUGAUGGUAAUGGAGGUGGUGGUGGUGGUGGUGGUGCGGCAGAAAGUGGAGAGGUGAAGGUGAAUUUGGGUGUGAGAGGGGCUGAGGAUGUUUCCGCUUUGUCUUCUGAUGUGAUAAUUCUUGAUGUUGGAGGGAUGACAUGUGGGGGGUGUGCCGCGAGUGUGAAGAGGAUUUUAGAAAGUCAACCACAUGUGUCUUCUGCUAGUGUCAAUCUUACAACAGAGACAGCAAUUGUAUGGCCUGUAUCUGAAGUGAAGGUUGCACCAAACUGGCAAAAAGAGUUGGGGGAGGAACUUGCGAAGCAUUUGACUACUUGUGGGUUUAAGUCUAACCUUCGAGGUCAGGAAGCUAUUGAAGGAGAUAUUCUGUCAUAG